CCAAAAAAAAUAAUUAAAGAAUAGCUGUCAGUGAGAGUGGUGAGCACGCAAAAACAGUCCUCAAAAGAAUCACAAACCAACUCAAAAAUCCCAUUUGAUUUCUCACUUUCCAUACAGAAAUUUAUGUAAAUAAGUCAUUUUCCCCUCAAUAUCUGUUUCUGGGUGAUUCUUGAACAUGGGUUGUUCUGGAUCCAAAGAAAAUGGUACUCUCCUUUUUUUUGAAGCAGCUAAACAGAUACGAAAACCAAAGCCUUGGAAGCAUUCAGAACCUAUUACGAGGGCUCAGCUUGUACAGAUGCGUGAUGAAUUCUGGGACACAGCACCACACUAUGGGGGUCAAAAAGAGAUCUGGGAUGCACUCCGAGCUGCAGCAGAGUCGGAUAUAAGCCUUGCACAAGCAAUCGUGGACAGUGCUGGGAUAAUCGUGCAAGCCCCUGAUUUAACAAUAUGCUAUGACGAAAGAGGUGCCAAGUACGAGUUGCCCAAGUAUGUUCUAAGCGAGCCAACUAAUUUGAUUCGCGAUAACUGAAAACUGAAAAGACAAGGCCUUCAUGUAAAAUACUUCAUUGAGACUGUAAAUUGUUGUAAAUUUAUUCUCACAAGUUAUUUCUUUCGACAAUUGAUAUUGUUUUGUGCAUGAUGGUCCUAUAUCAAGA